GCGGGGCAGCGUGGUGACGUCGCAACCCGAGGCGCAAGGGGAAGAGCUCGCGCUUGCGGACGCGGCGGCACUAAACAGUUGCCGGCGUAGCUGACCGGUCGUGUUCUCUCCAGGUCGCAGCUCUUCCUGUUGCGUUCGCCCGCUUGAUCAGAGAUUCUGGAAGCCCAAACCGGCUAGACCUCUCUCCUUCGCACCCGUCCGUAGCCGCGUCGUUGCGACUCCGCCACCAUGUUCGAGGCGCGCCUGGUUCAGGGCUCCAUCCUGAAGAAAGUGCUGGAGGCGCUCAAGGACCUCAUCAACGAGGCCUGCUGGGACAUCAGCUCGAGCGGCGUGAACCUGCAGAGCAUGGACUCAUCCCACGUCUCCCUGGUGCAGCUCACCCUGCGCUCCGAAGGCUUCGACACGUACCGCUGCGACCGCAACCUGGCCAUGGGCGUGAACCUCACCAGCAUGUCCAAAAUACUAAAAUGUGCUGGCAAUGAAGAUAUCAUUACACUAAGGGCUGAAGAUAAUGCAGACACCUUGGCGCUUGUGUUUGAAGCACCGAAUCAGGAGAAAGUUUCAGACUAUGAAAUGAAGUUAAUGGAUUUGGAUGUAGAACAACUUGGAAUUCCAGAACAAGAGUACAGCUGUGUAGUAAAGAUGCCUUCUGGUGAAUUUGCACGUAUAUGCCGAGAUCUCAGUCAUAUUGGAGAUGCUGUUGUAAUUUCCUGUGCAAAAGAUGGAGUGAAAUUUUCUGCAAGUGGGGAACUUGGAAAUGGAAACAUUAAGUUGUCACAAACAAGUAAUGUCGAUAAAGAGGAGGAAGCUGUUACAAUUGAGAUGAAUGAGCCAGUUCAGCUGACUUUUGCACUAAGGUACCUGAACUUCUUUACAAAAGCCACUCCACUCUCUUCUACAGUGACACUCAGUAUGUCUGCAGAUGUACCCCUUGUUGUAGAGUAUAAAAUUGCUGAUAUGGGACACUUAAAGUACUACUUGGCUCCCAAGAUCGAGGAUGAAGAAGGAUCUUAGGCAUUCUUAAUAUCCAAGAAAAUAAAACUAAGCUCUUUGAGAACUGCUUCCCAGAUGUCAGCAUGUACUAAAGUCUUCUGCCACCAAAUUUGUACCUCUUGGUACAUAUGUAGAUAUUGUUUUCUGUAAAUAACCUAUUUUUUCUCUAUUCUCUACAACUGGUUUAAAGAAUAAAGUCUAAGAUCAAAUAUGGUCUUGUUAACCUAGAAAUAUUUUUGCAUUACUUAAAAAUACUUGAGUUUUACAAUACAAAAGGGUCUGGACUCUAAAUGCAGUUUUAAGAAUUGUUUCUCAACCUAAAUAAAGUUUCCUGAAUUUCAAA